CUAAGUACAUGAACUAUAGAAUCCUAUUACGGAAUCCGAAGAAGACGAACUACUUGCCUCCAGCCAGGAGACGAGUAAGAGUACUACCGGACAUACCAACCAAAGUAUACCGGUAGAUACAGCAGUGUAGCAGUACCUCAGAUAUAAGGGAGGAAGGGUCCACCUCCAAGGCUGCCAUGAGCAUCAACCAAAGUACACUGGCGGCUAAAGCAGAGAGCAAAAAGAAGCGCAAGAAAUCCCAGAAUCAGCUGAGGAAAAACCGGUACCAGAGGGCGGUCUUCAUACUAGGGAAUAUAGCCAAAGACCAGGCAGCCGGUACCCCAGUUGAUGAGGCUGAAACAAAGCGCCUCAAAUCUAUCGUAGAGGAAUAUGAAAGCUACCUGAAAAGGAAGCAAUCACAACCUCAAGAAGAGAGCAAACGAGAGAGCUCUUCUCAGAAAAGAAAUCGCUCCAUCACAGAAGUACCUGGAACUCAGCCCAAAAAACCGAGGCGAAAUGAAGGUGAACACAGCAGCACAACAACGGCAAGGCAUUUCAGCGAUGUAGCCAGGGAUAGCCUGCAGGUGGCAAUCAUAGAUGGAAAUUCCUCCUCUCCGAGCACCAUACAGGAGAGAUGGGUGGAGAUCGACGUCAGGGGCUACAGGGUCAUCAAGUGCGCGGACCAUGCCUCGCUAGAUUUCCUGACGGGUAGUGUUGCUAAAAUUACCAACGCCUUUGUAGGCCUCCAAUUGAGGCUUAUACCCGCCAGGGACAUUCCGAAAAGACCUCGUACUCGCAUUUGGCUACCCCCUCUAGAGGAGCCAGGCGAAAAACUCCUGAGGUGCAUUAAGCUGCAGAACAAAUCUAUACCUAGUAUAGAUGAGUGGCAGCUCAUCAAGGAGGAAAAACCGAAUAAAGCAAGCAAGCCAAUACUAGUGGCCAUUUGUGAUGAGUCCAUUGAGGCACUGAAGAAUACUGACUACAAAAUCAGCUUCGGAAUCCGCAAGGCCAGACUAAAAAUCUUCCAAGGUGACAAAGCGGCUGACGAAGACGACACGGAAAAAGGUCGACGACGCCAGGCAGUUGCCAAGGAAUGUGGGCAUCGAAGAAAUCCGAGAUGCCCAAUAACAUAAGAUGCGUACAGAUAAACCUGCAGCACUCGAAGAUUGCUAAAGCGAAUCUGACAACCCUCGUGAACGAGGGGGGCAUCGACAUCAGCCUAGUACAGGAGCCCUGGGUCAAUGAAGAUACCAUUAAAGGGCUAAACAGCAGCAACUAUAACCCGUUUUACACACGGAACGAGCACAGCAGAUAUCACAGUGGUAAAGGUGGAACAGAAGGAAAAGCCCUUCGUCUAGGUCUCGGCCUACUUGGCCCAUGACGAAGACAUACCACCGGCCCCGCUCACCAGACUAGUAGAGGAGAACAGGAAGGAUGAUGUCCUAAUAGUGUGUGAUGCGAACGCAAGGCACACCGUAUGGGGAAGCUCCAGCAUAAACACCAGAAGUGAGUCACUCUUGCAGUAUAUUCUGAAUAGUAAUUUAAGUAUAUGCAACAAAGGCGAUAAGCCAACUUUUAUUUUCCCAAGAUCUGAUAGGUUUCCGGGGUGGGAGGAAGUACUUGACAUCACGCUAUCAACAGACACAGACAGUCUCGUUGUGGAUAACUGGAGGGUAUCCGAUGAGCCAUGAUCACUCCUGGAUACUCUUCAGCAUCCACGAGAAAUACAGUGCUUCUCUCACAUACCGGAACCGUAGAAGAACGGCAUGGG